AGAAAAUAAAGAAAUUGAGGUAGAAGGGCUGUGAAACGAAUGCCAAAAGUUUAGAGAGUUGAGGAGAGAGUUUUAGUGAAGAAAAUGGGUCGGUCUAGAAGUCGAUCGAGGAGCAGAAGUCCGCGAGAUCGUCGAGGUUACGGUGGUGGAGGUGGAGGCGGAGGCUACAACAGUCGAUAUGGAGGGGGUGGGGGCGGAUACGGCGGUUAUGGUGGAGGAUACAAUAGUCGAUAUGGCGGUGGAGGGGGCGGGGGAUACCGUGGAGGAGGGGGCUACAGAGGCGGGGGAUACAACAGAGACAGGAGUUUCAGCCGCAGCAGAAGUAGGAGCAUGUCUCCCUUUGAUGAUGGUCACAGAGUCCAUGUUGCUGAUAUUGGGAUGAAUCCUUCCAAACCUGAUGUUUUAGAAGUUUUCGAAAGAUUUGGGCCCAUCACUGAAGUCUGGGUGGCCAACAAUCCUCCAUGUUUUGCUUUUGUGGUUUUCCGACAUAAAGAUUCCGCAGAGAAAGCUAUCCGAGAUAUUGACGGAAAAUAUAUAUCUGUUUUUAACAGUCGAGUUCGAGUUUCCUACGCCAGACCCAGAACACGGGGCAAGAGAAGACGAGGCGGCUUUGAUCCCAAUCUAAGAUGCUACCAAUGUGGAGAGAAAGGUCAUUUCUCGAGAGAUUGUGACGAGAUCUCACGCAAUCGUAAGAGAGAUAGAAGUCGUUCUAGGUCAAGGUCAAGAGGUCGUAGAGAUAGACGUAGGUCAAGAAGUCGUAGUCGAAGUAGAACACGAUCACCCAGUCAUAGUCGCAGCAGAAGUCGCAAGAGAUCAAGGUCGAAUUCUCGGUCAAGGUCUAAUUCUCGGUACAGGGAAGAUAAAGACGGUGCGAGAAAGAGUGCAGAUAGAAGCCAGGAUGAUGAAGGGAAAUGGAAGACAGUUGAUGAUGAUAGGUUUGAUGGAAACAGUAAGGAAGCAGAAGCAGUUCCUGAUGAUUUUUGAAGGAGAUGAAGAAGUUUUUAGUUUAGUUUCAAGUUAUCAUGGAAUUGGAAAUUGUUCAUCAAAUUUGUUGUGAAAUUGACUUUUAAACUAACAGAUAUAUUUGAAAAUUAAUGACAAGAACAAGCAAAUUAUAUUCAUAUUAUCUUUCGAAGUUUCAAAAUAAUGGACGAAUUCUUUAAACAAAAUACAUCCAAAAAAAUGGACAUGAAACUAUGUGGGAUUGAACAUGGCUGCAUCUUUUGCCAUGUUACAUUUGGGAAGGGAUUAUAAGAGGAUAUGCUAUAUUAGAUGAUGCUUGUCCCUUAAGUUCGUUUAUAUUCAUAUAAAGUAGAAUAGUGCUUAUGAUAUUUUACAUUCACUCAUCAAUCAUGUACCUUGUUAGAUUUAAAGGUUACCUCAUUGCACACUGCAUGGCCUAUCUUUAUGGUAAGGUGCAAAUUGACAGAAGACUCAAAUAUUUUGUCUGUUUAAUUUUGUUUUUUUUUCUCAUUCUCUUGUUCACAUUUCAUUUUAAUUUGCAGCAAGUGAACCAGUGUCAAAUUUUUUAAAAUGAAAAACUACUUGUUUAAAUGAAAAAAAAAUGUGAAAGUUCAGGUCUAAGAAAGUUAAAGAUUUCCUCAGUUUUAUAUUAACGAGGCCCUAAUCAAUGAAGUUUAAAAUAUGUCAUCUUGUUUUUCUCAUUUUAUCAUUAAAAGAUUAUGAAUGUUUUGAUUUU